GGCGGAGCGGGAGGUCGGAGCUGCGGGCGCUCGCUGGUGGCGGACUCGGAGGCUGCUGCGGCGCGGGGGUUCCGUGGCCCGGGUCGAAUCUGAUCUGGAGCCAUGAGCGUGGACAAGUCGGAGCUAUGCGGUUCUCUGCUCACCUGGCUGCAGACGUUCCACGUUCCACACCCCUGUGCCAGCCCCCAGGACCUGAGCAGCGGCUUCCCCAUAGCCUUCGUGCUGAAUCAGAUCGAUCCCUCCUGGUUCAACGAGACAUGGCUCCGGGGCAUCUCAGACGACCCAAGUCCCACCUGGAGGCUGAAGAUCAGCAAUCUGAAGACGAUCUUACAGAGCCUGGUGGAGUACUCCCAGGAAGUCCUGGGACAUCCUGUGUCCGAGGAGCAUCUCCCUGAUGUGACCCUGAUUGGCGAAUUCUCAGACCCUGCAGAGCUCGGAAAACUGCUUCAACUGGUGCUGACCUGUGCUAUCAGUUGUGAGAAAAAGCAGGAACACAUCCAGAGGAUCAUGACGCUGGAGGAGUCGGUCCAGCACGUGGUGAUGGAAGCCAUCCAGGAGCUGAUGACCAAAGAUACCUCCGACUCCCUGCCCCCAGAGACUUAUGGCAACUUCGAUACCCAGUCUCGCAGGUACUAUUUCCUAAGCGAGGAGGCUGAGGAGGGGGAGGAACUACAGCAGCGCUGUCUGGACCUGGAGAGGCAGCUGGUGCUCCUGUCGGAGGAAAAACAGAGCCUGACGCAGGAGAACGCGGCACUGCGGGAGCGGGUGGGCCGGCCCGAGGGCGAGGGCGCCCCAGGCCUCACUGCCAAGAAGCUGCUGCUGUUGCAGUCCCAGCUGGAACAGCUGCAGGAGGAGAACUUCAGGCUCGAGAACAGCAGGGAGGAUGAGCGCUUUCGCUGCGCUGAGCUGGAGCGUGAGGUCUCGGAGCUGCAGCAGCGGAACCACGCGCUGACCAGCCUGGCCCAGGAGGCGCAGGCCCUGAAGGAUGAAAUGGACGAGCUGCGGCAGUCCUCAGAGCGCGCAGGCCAGUUGGAAGCCACGCUGAGCAGCUGCCGGCGCCGCCUGGGCGAACUGAGAGAGCUGCGGAGGCAGGUGCGGCAGCUGGAGGAGCGCAACGCCGGCCACGCAGAGCGCACGCGGCAGCUGGAGGAAGAGCUUCGUCGUGCGGGCUCCCUGCGCACCCAGCUGGAGGCCCAGAGACGGCAGGUCCAGGAACUUCAGGGCCAGCGGCAGGACGAGGCCAUGAAGGCCGAGAAAUGGCUUUUCGAGUGCCGCAACUUGGAGGAAAAGUACGAGUCGGUGAUGAAGGAGAAGGAGCGGCUGUUGGCAGAGCGGGACUCCCUGAGGGAGGCCAAUGAGGAGCUGCGCUGUGCCCAGCUGCAACCGCGGGGCCUGACCCAGGCCGAACCCUCACUGGAUCCCACCACACCGGCUGCAGUGGAGAACUUAGCAGCGGAAAUCUUGCCUGCAGAGCUCAGGGAGACGCUCCUGCGGCUGCAGCUGGAGAACAAGAGGCUGUGCCAACAGGAGGCGUCCACCCUGCUCAAGAGGAAGCUGGAGGAACAUCUGCAGAAGCUGCACGAGGCCGACCUGGAGCUGCAGCGGAAGCGCGAGUACAUUGAGGAACUGGAGCCGCCCGCCGACAGCAGCACAGCCCGGAGGAUCGAGGAGCUGCAGCACAGCCUGCAAAAGAAGGACGCGGACUUGCGGGCCAUGGAGGAGCGGUACCGCCGCUAUGUGGACAAGGCGCGCACGGUCAUACAGACCCGGGAACCCACGCAGCAGCCACCUGCAGGGGUGCCCCUGGAACUCAGUGCCUUGAGGACACAGCUCCGGGAGCGAGACGUCCGUAUCCGUCACCUGGAGAUGGACUUUGAGAAGAGUCGAAGUCAGAGGGAACAGGAGGAAAAACUGCUCAUCAGUGCCUGGUAUAAUAUGGGCAUGGCCCUGCAGCAGCGGACCGGGGAAGAGC